AUGGAGGAGGCUCUCUACGACGCUCUCACGCCUGUCCUCUGCAUACCCAUCCUCACUGCCGAGUUGUCUGCUCUGCUUUCGAAACCAACCGCAGCCGCAGGGAGGCAGGAAGAACCCGAAAAUCAACAACGAGAACAACUCUUGUCACAUGCCGAAGCGUUCUGCAGUUCUCUAGGCCGAGAUCACCCGCAGCACGAGGACGAAGAAGAGAGGGACAAGCUCGGAGGUUUGAGACAAUGUACCUGGACGAGGCUAGACAAUGUCGGCGCUGGUGAUAACGAGCGGCACUCCGCAGUUCAAGUUGGAAGGAGGCGUAAGAGGAACACGCAGGAUGAUCAUAAUGAUGAUGAUGAUGAUGAUGAUGAUGACGGACACACACAAAUUAGAGGGCUUUCCGUAUCUCUUCUCUACGAGAAAGACGCGUUCCAUUUUGUGAUAUACACGGCCUCUCCAAGAUCUGGCCUCUCAAGGCGCAGUCGGAUUGCUGCUGCCACAGAUCAACGCUCCACAGAGUCAAGAGAAGAGCCUGCGAUUGUCCUGUCAAAGUCGUCACCUGCCGCCCUGAAAUCAUUUACCAAAUACAUCCUCGAGGUCUUUGCGCUCACCGUUAUCUAUCCCUUUGACCCCUGGCCGAGUUUGAUGCAGUCCACACUUGAAAAUUACCUGACAAUAGUCUGCACUGGUCUCCCCAUUGACGGCGGCAGCGGCCUGCAAGCCCUUCAAGACCACUUCAGCAACAUCAUCGGCAAAAUCGAACUCACCAUCGGCAUCUCCCAUCCUAUAGCCAAGGCUCUGAAAAAGGUGCAGGUCAUCAUUCCCGCUAGCGCAUUCCUUACAUGGUACCAACCCGUCGAGCCCUCGGGAGGAGAAAGCCGCAGGCCCACGAAUACAUUCUUGAGAUGGGUGGCUGAUUUGGUCAAAGCUAAGUCGGGCCUUGCCCUACCUGUAUUCUUCGAGAACGACGGCUUGCGCACCGAGCAACAUGACCAUUCCGAGGGUGACGAUGACAACGAGGACAACGAUUCGCCAAACGCCCUUGCUGCCUCAAGAGACCAGCAUGGGUAUCUGACGAUGAGGAUAUCAAGGAUAUCAACCGAAGCAUAUGUCAUGUCAGCCUCGGGCUUGAAAUUCAAGUCCCGCGCCGUCCAUGCGGCAGCGAUGGCUAGCUCGGACGUGGACAAGGAUGGAGAGAACUGCGUCUGUCUUGCAAACAGAGAUCUUUUGCUGGCCAUAAUCGACGCCGCGCGACACGACCAGCAGCGGUGGGCCGGCGUGACGUGA